CGUCAUUAUGCUUUGUUCAUUUUCUUUCUUCCUCAGAGGGAGUAUUAUACAAUAAAACCCGUCGUUUUCUUCCCUUUCCAAAUCCCUUGCUUUCUUCACUCUCCAAGUUCACGGCACACUCUCCGCCAGAAAUAAGAUUUAUGGAAUCUACAAAGAAUUUUUUUGCUGUGUUUGCAAUAGCAAGUUUGUUUCUUUGCAUUAAUUUUGUCGGCAGAAGUAUGAGUUGCGCAUUUCCAUAGAUUUUUGUUCGUAGUAAAAAAAACUUAUUAGUGUUUUUGACCCCGCUGCUAACUCCGGUUCUCUCCGGACGAGAGACGACCUUCAUCGCCGUCAGUCGAAUCAGUCCCUCACGCGAUUCCUCCGCCUCGACAACUCCGGCACGGCGGCACUACAGUCUCCACCGUCGAUCCCUUCCUCCCUUCAUCAGCGACAACUGCGACACACGGAAUCAGAUUUAGAUGACAAAUGAUGUGGAAAACCCUAAAAAAGAUCCCCUCCCUCCUCCACCUAUCAUUGAAUCAAAAAACUGGUAUGAUAUUUUCCUCCAACAAGUUUCAGUAUACGGAAUAGCAGCAGGAUACUGCUUAUCUGCUUCUUUACUCUCCAUCAUCAACAAAUGGGCAGUUAUGAAAUUCCCUUACCCUGGUGCCCUAACAGCUUUACAAUACUUCACAAGUGCAUCAGGCGUAUUCCUUUUCGGGUCCCUCAACUUUCUCCAACAUGACAGAUUAGACCCUCAAACAAUGUGGCGUUUCCUUCCAGCUGCUAUUAUCUUCUAUCUUUCCCUCUUCACAAACAGCGAACUCCUCCUUCAUGCAAAUGUUGACACCUUCAUUGUAUUUCGUUCAGCAGUUCCAAUCUUUGUUGCCAUUGGAGAAACCCUUUACCUCCACCAACCAUGGCCUUCACUAAAGACAUGGCUUUCACUUGCAACCAUUUUUGCAGGGAGUGUGGUUUAUGUCAUCACAGAUUACCAAUUUACCCUCAUGGCGUAUACUUGGGCUUUAGCAUAUCUUAUAAGCAUGUCCAUAGAUUUUGUGUACAUAAAACAUGUGGUAAUGACAAUCGGUUUGAACACAUGGGGUCUUGUUCUUUACAAUAAUCUUGAAGCUCUGUUACUUUUCCCAUUGGAGUUGUUGAUAAUGGGGGAAUUGAAGAAGAUAAGACAUGAAAUUAAAGAGGAGACAGAUUGGUAUUCUUUUGAGGUGAUUUUGCCAGUGGGUUUAUCGUGUUUGUUUGGUUUGGCGAUUUCUUUUUUUGGAUUUUCUUGUAGAAGGGCGAUUUCGGCAACGGGUUUUACAGUUCUUGGGAUUGUGAAUAAGCUUUUAACUGUGGUCAUUAAUUUGAUGAUUUGGGAUAAACAUUCGAGUUUUAUUGGGACAAUUGGGCUUUUGAUUUGUAUGUUUGGUGGGGUUAUGUAUCAGCAGUCUACUAGCAAGAACCCUAAUUCCAAACCUGUUGAUGUUAAACAAGUUGUUGUUCAAGAAGAUGAGCAACAAAAACUGCUUGAGAUGCAAAAUGUCAUGAGUUCAGAGGAAGCAAAAUGACAUACAUUUUUUUUUACACAUUUGUUGCAGUAGUGUACACUGGAAAAUUGAUAUUUUAGUUAAAAUAUUGUAGAAUAGGUUAAAGAUUCAUUUUUUUUAAUCAAAGGAGGACAUUAUAUGCGCUUAUUGCCCAUUAAGAUUUAUCAAGUACCAAAUGUUUGGUAUCAUUUUGUUAGAAAUAGUUAUUUGUUUCUUGUAUAAUUCGUAAUUGUACACAAUUUCUGUUCUUUAUAAAGAUAGUUUUACAUGCUUUUUGUGCAA